UACAUGCCCUUCGUUGUGACUUGUUGUGCCUUCAAGACACACAGAGCGAACCGACGCGGUCGAGCUGGCACAGAUUCAGAACGUACCACAGACCCAGGACCACCAGAUCCUGUGACAACUGCUCCACUGUAUGAGAACACCCAACUACCACCACCACCUCCCUCAGUCACUGAUGGUGGAGACCAUAUGUAUGAACAUGUGGAGCUGAGGCCUAUCACUGGACAAGAGAAGGAGAUUGCAGUGGCUCCUAAUGCUGCUUAUGGCACUGUUCAAAGAUGAACACAACAAACCAUAAAAUUUGCACUUGUGACAGAGCCUCUGACUCACUGGGACCGACUUCGGUUUGUGGUACCUCCCACGUUCAAUUUCCAGACUGUGGCAUCCAACUCUAAGCCGAGUCAUAGAAACUCGGAGCGCUGCUGAAGUUAUAUUCAAAAGAUAGGGCUCCAUGCCAAACUCUUUCUUGAAUAAUCUGUACGAUCUCAGUUUGUUUCCACCUUGUCCAGUCAGGCUAUGUUCACGUUCUAAAUUGGCAUG